UCCGGGUUCACCUCGGACUGUUUAUGAGCAUCAUGGCUGCUGAGGGAGACUUUCUGACGAGAUAUCGAGCUGUGUCCAACAAACUGAAGAAACGUUUUCUUCGGAAGCCCAAUGUAGCUGAGGCCAGCGAGCAGUUCGGUCAGCUUGCUAAAGAGCUGAGGCAGCAGGACUGCCUUCAGUAUGCUGCCUUCUGUAACCUGGCCAUGGCUCGGUGUGAGCAGACACUCUUCAAUGCCCCUGGAGAAGCCCUGGCGUUAACCGAUGCUGCCCGCCUCUUCCUCUCCUCUGAGAAGGAGAACCGAGCCCUGCAGGCGCCGGGCUUUGAUGAGCACCUCCAGGCUGCGCUGAAUUGCUACAGCUUUGCCAUUAAGGUGUACAUUGAGAUGAACCAGCCUGUGAUGGCUGCCAGCCUGUGUUUGGAGCUUGGCAAUGCACUCAAGGAGAUGAACCGUCCAGGGGAGGCCAUUGUUCAUUAUCAGAGGGCUGCAGAGUUGCAGACACAGACGCCCAUCGAGGCGCUGCUGUCAAUGGGAGAAAUAGCCACAUGUAAAAUUCUCACCCGUGACUAUGAUGGCGCGUUGUCAGUGUUCACAGAGAUGCAACUGAUGUGCCAGGAGCGAGGACUGCAGCUACCAGGCACCACCACCCCCGUCGGGGCCUUUUUGGACAUCGUGGCAAAAUGUGAGAUAUCCAGGGUCCUUCUGCUGAUGUUGCUCGAGCCGCCACCGCAGAAGCUGUUACCAGAACAUGCCCAGACGCUUGAGAGAUAUGCAUGGGAGUCCUUUGACCCUCACAGUCAAGUGACCUUCCUGCCCGAGAACGUUUUCCUGCUCCUGCAGUCCGUUGUGAUGGCGUGUCAGGAGAAAGACACAGAGUCCCUCAAGUCUCUGCAGACUGAGCUGUGGCCCUUCCUGUCUGCUGAGCAGAACCACCUCCUCCACCUGGUGGUGCAGGAGCGCAUCACACCGUCUGGUCAAGGCAUUUAGAGCACUCCAGAUUUUACUCACUUCCUCUGGGAACGAUACUUUAUAUAAUGGAACAUUCCUGUUUCUGACUAGGUCUGUUUUAAGGCCUGAAGGCGGGUUGUUUUCAAAACUUUACUGUUGUACCUUGCACUCAGAAAUGUGUAUAAAAACAGGAGUUUUGUCUUUAUGGAGUUGUAUAGAUUUGGAACAUAGUGAACUUCCAGGUGUAAUGUUGUUGUGAAUAUGCUUGUGUGCUGAUUUGACUGAAGGCAAACAAUUAGAUCACUUUCUGUGUAUUUAUUUUAAGGGGAUUUUGUAGUCUUUACUGUUG